AUGUCCAAGCAACAGGUUGCCACUUACGAGCAGGCGCUACUAGCCGGCGCAAAGCUGGACGACGAGCCGUCUGUCACGGAGCCCACCGGCCUUGCUUCACUGUGGCGCAACCUUGUCACUUGCGGCUCGGAUGCAAAGCUUGAGAAGGAUUAUGCGGUCCUGAUUGCUCAGAGCAUUGCAUCUGCCGUUGCCAAGGCGCGAGCCGAAGCAGCAACUUCGCUCGAGCAGGCGCCACUUGCGCAAGAAAACUUUAGGGCCGCAAUGCUCGAGGAGCAAACAAAGCACGCCGCCAAUGUGCAAGCUGGAGAGUCGGAGGCGCGGGCACAGGCGGAGCAAUCGAGGGGUCUGGAGGCCAAGGUGGCUGAGCUGACUGCGCAGCUGGCGGAGGUGUCGGAGGCGCGGGCACGGGCGGACGGAGAGAAGGUCGCUGCUGUGCGAGCGGCGGUGGCAGACGCAAUGGAACAGGCGAGAGAGGAGAAGGCCGCCGCAGUCAAGGCGCCUCACGCUGCUCGGCCCUGGUCACGUGCGUUCUUGGCCGAGCUUGCUCCCACACCCACGCGUCAGGCGGCGGUCGCCGACGCGCUCUCGAACGUGGCUGCGUCGGCGCGCAAGGUUGAGAUCGUCGUCCCGCCGGAAUCGCCACAAAAGAGGGACAUAAGCCUUUUCUCUCCAUCGCGCUCCUGGAGGUCAUCAGAAGACCCCGAGGGGAAGCCGGGCAACUCCGCUCCCGACACCACCCGCGCGAUCCAGGAGUCGAUGCUCCGCGUGCGUGAGGAACGCAUUGCGGCGGCCCAGGUUGCGUGA